UUUACGCAACAGUUAAGAAAUGUAAGUUAAAGGUUGUUUUUUUAUUUUAUUUUUUUAAGGGUGGCACAUCUACCACUCAAAUAUUGUACUCAGGCAGGUAACAGAUAAAAAAUAACAGCUAACUCUCCAAGGGUGCGUAGCUUCGUAACGUCCCUCACUGAAAAUCAAUGUAUAGCGCGCAUGCGUUGCAGAUUUUCUUCGCCGCUGUCAAGAGCACCGGCGAAGUAAAUUGUUUAUAACACAGUGAAUAUUAACACCCAGCAAACAAAUUCAACAAAAAUAAAUAAAACUUAAAACAUACAGUGUAACAAUAUAAUAGGUAUUCACAAACAGUGUCAACAAAAUGAAAUGUUACAUAGCUAUGUGAACAAAGUAUUUUGUUUCUUGUAUAUUUUUAAACUGUAAUUAAGGAAAGUUAAAAUUAGGUAAUCAUGUUUACUAUAUCGAAUACCUUCAAAUAAACUGAGAGGGAGUAAAAAAACAAACAUUAAGAAAAAUAUGUAGGUGUGAGUGACGGAGUCUUAAAUAAAGGAAAAUGAACGAGACUCUUGGUCGCGGGUACGCCCGCAUUGAGGCGAUCCGCGCGGCGCGAGGCGAGCCCCUGUCGUCCAUGCCGGACCCAGUGGCCCCGCCUCCAGACCAGUACAACUCCGUGUACCUGACUCUGUUCGUCGCAGGAGCCGCCUUCCUGCUACCCUUUAACAGUUUCAUCAUGGCUGUGGACUACUUCCAGAUGCACUACCCUAAUACUACGAUCAUGUUCGACAUGUCCACUGUGUAUAUAGCCUCGGCUUGCGUCGCCGUCUGCAUCAACAACCUCGUACUGGACCUGUUUACAUACAACACUAGGAUCACCUUUGGUAUUCUAGUGUCCCUAGCUACGAUGCUGUUCGUGGCUGUAUGUAACAUCGGUUGGGACGGAUUCUCCACACGAGCCUCCUACAUCAUUAACUUAGUAGCAAUUGGUGUAGUGGCAUUUGGGUGUACAGUCCAACAGGCCUCGUACUAUGGUCUGACAGGCUGUCUCCCGCCAAGAUACACCCAGGCUGUAAUGGCCGGUGAAAGUGCCGCUGGGUUUUGGGUCUCACUAGACCGUAUCGUCACAAAGUACGGUUUCCGGCAGCCACAGCGAAGUACCUUCAUGUUCUUCGUGUUCUCCAUUCUGAUCCUGCUGGCGCAUACCAUGCUGCAUCACGUGAUGAUGCGCCAUCCCCUCGUUCAGCACUACAUACGACUCACUGUUGAAUCCCGACAAAAGAGGCGUAUCCAACUACACUUGAAUCCUAAUGAAGACGCUACAUUGAUGGAGAGCGAAGCAACUGAUGCAGGUUAUGGUGUUCUAAAGUUGCAGAGUCCAGUGCUUUCAACAACAGGUGAAAUCGAGAACAGCGCCUUCAGUUUCGCCAACCCAGUGUACUCACCAUCGGGGGCGCCGGUACCACCCUCAGAAGGGGCGGUGGAGCCGUUCCCAGACACCGCAAAUUCGGAGACCUCAUCAACACUGCGCACUCCUCGACCUUCAUACAAAGUAGAGGACGUUGUUUACGAGCCACCGGAUAGACCCACUUCCUGGAGAGCCUUCAAACGCGGGUUAGCAGCACGCUGGGCAGUAGCUCGCGCUAUCUACCCGUACAUGGUGUCAAUCGGGCUGGUGUACUUCACCACGCUGAGCCUGUACCCCGGCAUAGCGUCAGAGGUGCCCUCCUGCCGCCUCGGCACCUGGAUGCCUAUCGUGCUUAUGUCCGCCUUUAACCUCUUUGACUUCCUUGGGAAAAUCGCGGCCGCGUGGCCGUACGAGUGGAGCCGCAGCCAGCUACUGAUGGCGAGUGGAGUGCGGCUGCUGCUGGUGCCGCUGAUGCUGCUGUGUGCGGCGCCACGACACUCGCCGCAUAUUGUCGGCGAUGUAUAUCCAAUCCUUUUCUCAGUGGUGCUGGGUUUCUCAAAUGGCCUGUUUGGCUCUGUGCCCAUGAUAAUGGCGCCAUCUCGCGUGGGACGCGAGCAUCGUGAAAUCGCUGGUAACAUGAUGACAUUGUCAUAUAACGGCGGUCUGCUAUCAGGCGCACUAGUAUCUUACUUACUGCUGGGCAUGCUGGGCCCACCGGCGGGCGCCCCGUGCCGCCUCUACCCCACUCCGCCGUUGCCCACACUCCCACCAGCAACACCUGCUAAUGUCUCCUCUGUUAUUGCCGCCGUACUCACCGCUGACCACUAACCAGAAAGCAAGCCUUAAAGCGUAUUAUAAAGUGUUAAUACGUUGUUCGUUGUAAAAUAUAAUUGUUGUUACUGUAUAAGUAUAGAUAAUUUCUUCAUAGUCACUGGAUAUAGCCAUAGUUCUGAAUAUUUAUAAUAUGUCGCUGAUCUUUCUUAAACUCUGUACAGACUUAGGUCUUCUUUCCGAUUAGGAAACUGAUACAUGUGUCCUAUAUAACUACUACGAUUUUGUAAGUGAGUACUUAUAUCUCUUUAGGUCUAUGGAAGGUUUAAAACUAAAUCAUACCAUCACAUACUAAGAUAAAGGAAUAGAUAAAGGAACCACAUCAUUGACAUCCAACGAUGCCAACGAUGACAUUCACUUAGAACGCACCUGUACCUACCUAAUUACAGAAAAACACAUCUAGCUAAUCCGUACUUGAACAUUCGUUAAAAUGUAGUUAAAUUGUAUGUAAAAUAUUAAUAUAGGUAGCUAGAAAAUACGUUUAAAAAUAAUUUGUUGGUGCAAGUUUACGCAAUAUUAAUUUUAAAUUGUCGUUUAAGAAGUAAUUGCUCUUUUAUAUUCAAAGGAGUUUGUAGUUUAUUAAUUGCGUGAAUUUUACAAAACUUUCAUUUAUUCUAUUAGCAACAGCAGGCUGAGUAAAUGUCGUCCGGUAUAAAUUGUGUACACUCAUAUUUCUAAUUAUACACACAAGUACAUAAUUAAAUGUUAAAAUAAUCCUGAAAAAAUGAUAAAUGUUUUAUGUGAGGGUAAGCCCACUCUACCUGUUGAAGUAAUUUAUUAAGGGAACAAAGGAAGAGGAAGCAAUACGUGGUGUAGUGGUUGUCGCUUCUACAAUUACAAUAAUAUUACUUUAAGACUUGGGCGUAUACUACCUGUUAGUAAAUUUAAACUUGCACUCAUAAAUUAAUAACUUAAUUAUAGUUAUAGAGAAAUAACACAGCCGCGGAUAUCUGCUAUUAGUUUUCUAAAGGCACUUCGCGACCAAAGUAUUCAGUAGUCACUGGCCUCUAUUAAAAUAUGCUGUUUUCUGGCAGUUUUAUACAGAAUAAUAGCAGAGUAUAACUUCUUUACCUUCUCUACUAGAUGUCCAAUCAAGACGGACUCUUCGGACUGCAAAUUAUCGAUGAUGGCUAAAUGAGGGUUUUAUUUUCAGAUAUCUCUUGAGGUUUUUGAUCAUGCUUUCUGCCAAAUUAAUAGCGAUCAUUAUUCCAGCUUAUUUUAAUAAAGGUCUGUGAACGUAGCUAAUAUACCAGUCAGCAUUGAUUGUCUUUUGUUAAUAAUGCAUUGCUCGCUAAGACUUAUACAAAGAGGAGAGUUACCUCUAUCGGCACGCAAUGAAUUAUGAGCAAAUGAAAAAUUGAGCUAGCAUUCUAUGAUUAACGUCCUUCGACGAAGGUACAAUUGUGCCUCCAUUUCAGUGUUCUUACUCAUAAGAAUAUAAAUUCAUGAGUAGUUGAAUAAUUAAGGACUGUUGACUAGAAUAACGCAUCCUUUUAAAAAGGGGAUUAAUUUUCAAAGUUUUGAAAGUAGUCAAUAAAAUAUUUAUGCUGCGCUUAACGCUGAUAAAAUUACCUACUUACCUACCGAUUUUUAUAUUUCAUUGCUAUUUAUAUUUUCAUUUAAAUGGGAUGGUAAAUGGUACAAUGAAAGUGAGACUGAAACAUAAGUGUAUAGUGAAUGGAGUGACUUAUUCUGCUAAUGUAAAAUAUCAACUUAAAUGGCUACCUACCUCUUGCUUUUCUACAGAAGUUUGUUUUCCUAUGUAGAUAUUUGAAUGUACUGUACAUAAUGCAGGUGUAAAUAUUCUUAAUGAAAUAAACUUAUACAUAUCUGGA